UGAUGACGUAGCCGGCGGACCGUUUUUCCCUCCUCGUUGUCGAAGCUGUCGUUGAUAAGCGAAGCACUUUUAAACACUUCUAAACAUUUAUCACGACUAAGUAGCUUCAGCUGGCUGUAGGAGGGAGGACGACGAGGACACAGAGCGUCUAUAAGACGGUGGACAAGCACUCAAAGACUUAUGCCGUCCUGCUAACGGAGCAAGAUGUUCAACAAGUCUUUCGGUACUUCCUUCGGUGGAGGGACGGGGGGGUUUGGAACCUCUUCCACCUUCGGUCAGCAAAAUGCUGGUUUCGGGGCGACGGGCGGUUUUGGGACGUCAGCAUUCGGAGCGACCAACAACACAGGAGGAUUGUUUGGAACCACCCCCAAUAAACCAGGAGGCCUGUUUGGGUCCAGUACCUUCAACCAGCCGGCGACGUCCUCCACCAGCACCGGCUUCGGCUUCGGAGCCGCCAGUGGUACGACCACCGGCCUGUUCGGAAACACGGGGACCGGCACCAGCGGAGGACUCUUCAACCAACAGAACAACGCAUUCGGCGCCAACAAACCGUCGUCCUUUGGAAGCUUUGGGACGAGCACCAGCAGCGGUGGACUCUUUGGAGCCACCAACACCACCGCCAACCCCUUCGGUGGAACCAACUCCCUGUUUGGAGGCUCCGGGUUCUCGGCCGCUCAGCAGCCGGGAACCACCGUGAAGUUCAACCCUCCGACGGGAAGUGACACCAUGGUGAAGGCCGGCGUGACCUCCAGCAUCAACACCAAGCACCAGUGCAUCACGGCCAUGAAGGAGUACGAGAACAAGUCCCUGGAGGAGUUGAGGCUGGAGGACUACCAGGCGGGCAGGAAGGGCCCCGCCAACCCGAUGGCGGCUCCAGGGGCCGGGGGUCUUUUUGGUGGAGCCACGGCCACGUCCAGCGCCGCCACCGGCCUCUUCGGCUCCGCCGCCCCCAACACCAGUUUCUCCUUUGGGCCGAAUAAGAGCACGUUCGGAGCAGCUCCAGCCGCCGGCUUCGGUACGACCACGGGCGGCCUGUUCAGCCAGCCCACCCAGCAGGCGGCCGGGAGCCUCUUCAAGCCCUUCGGCGCCACCACCACCGCCCCCAGCACCAGCUUCUCCUUCGGCAACACCAACACGAUGGGGCAGCCCAACACCAGCGGCAUGGGUUUGUUCGGGAACACGACGCCGGCUCAGUCCGGCGGUUUGUUUGGAGCCACUCAGACCAGCACGGCCACCGGCUUUGGAAACACUGGCUUGUUCGGGCAGCCCAACGCUGGGUUUGGGAACGUCGGCACGCAGCCAAGUUUAUUCGGUAACAAGACGGCCGGGUUCGGAACCACCACCACCAGCGCCCCGUCCUUUGGGACCGGCACCGGGCUCUUUGGGAACAAGCCGACCCUCACACUGGGAACCGGGACCAACACGUCCACCUUCGGUUUUGGUGGGAACCCGGCUGGAGGGAGUCUGUUUGGAAACAAGUCGACCACCGGAGGACUCGGCACCGGACUGGGAACCAGCUUUGGGACAGCAGUGGGAGCGGGACCGACCCUGUUCGGGAACAACCAGAACAAACUGGGCUCCGCUCUGGGAACGAUGGGAACGUUUGGAGCGACCGGAUUCAACAGCGGCGCGAGUACCCUGGGCUUUGGAGCUCCACAGCAACCCGUCGCGCUGACGGAUCCGAACGCCGCCGCCUCCCAGCAGGCGAUGCUCCAGCAGCAGCUCAGCGUCCUGGCGUAUUCCCCCUACGGAGACUCGCCGCUGUUCAGGAACCCGCUGUCAGACCCCAAGAAGAAGGAGGAGCGUCUGAAACCGACCAAUCCGACGGCCCAGAAGGCUCUGACCACGCCCACCCACUACAAGCUGACCCCGCGCCCGGCGACCCGAGUCCGGCCCAAAGCGCUGACGUCGUCCGGGGCCUCGAAGUCGCAGCUCUUCGACGGGCUGGACGACGACGAGCCCUCGCUCACCAACGGAGCCUUCAUCCCGAGGAAGAGCAUCAAGAAGCUCGUUCUGAAGAACCUGAACAGCAGCCAGUACAGCAGCCCAGUCAGCAAGGAGGCCGACGACCUGGCGUCACCACCGGAGUAUCCACAGAACGGAAACAGCCCGGUGGAGGAGGACGAGGAGCUGAGGGAGGUGCCGGGUCCCAGCGGCCGAGCGGACGACGACCCCGAGGUGACCCAGUUCUACGUGAACCCCAUCGCUAAGCCGAUCCCACAGGGCCGAGUCCAGACCAGCCUGCAGGACACCAUCAGCGACCUCAACAUGCACAAAGUGUCCAGGAACGGCCUGGAGCUGAGCAGCGACGACGUCUCGGCUUCUCUGGGGGAGGAGUCACUGCAGGAGGACAGGGAGGAGGAGCAGGAGGUGCAGCAGUCUCCUCAUCCUGCAGGCAUCGUCCUGAACCGUGUGGGUUAUUACACCAUCCCGUCCAUGGACGACCUGGCUGAGAUGGUGGACGAAAACGGAGACUGUGUCGUGGAGAAUUUCACCGUCGGACGCAAAGGUUACGGCUCCGUCUUCUUCCCCGGUGAGGUCAACGUGUCGGGACUGAACCUCGAUGAAAUCGUCCACUUCAGGCGUAAGGAGGUCAUCGUGUACCCGGACGACAAGAACAAGCCGCCGGAGGGGGCGGGUCUUAACAGGAGGGCGGAGGUGACUCUGGACGGGGUUUGGCCCAACGAUAAGACGACCUGCACUCAGAUCCGGAGCCCCGAGCGUCUGGGCGACAUGAACUACGAGGGCCGGCUGGAGAAGGCCUCACGGAAACAGGGAGCUCGCUUCCUGGAGUACCGGCCCGAGACCGGGUCCUGGGUGUUCGAGGUCGCCCACUUUUCCAAAUACGGCCUCCAGGACUCUGACGAGGACGAGGACGUCCCGCUGAAGACCGACCCCAAGAAGCUGAAGACGGCGGCGUCUCUUCCUCCCUCCCAGCAGCAGGUGGCGCCACAGGCUCAGUCCAACGUCGUCCUGGACGUCCUGGGAGGAGGAGGAGGAGGAGGAGGAGGAGGAGGAGGGGAGCUGGACAGCGACAUGGCCGACAUCACUCAGAGCUUCCCCACAGAGAGCAUGCUGGGAGGAGAGGAGGAGGCGGAGCCAGUCCUGGGGGAGACGGACGCCGCCAACAGGAAGCUGGGAGGUUUGACGUCCAUGGACAUGGACGGUGUCUCAGCGUCCAGCCACAUGGCCUCGUCCCUGGGGAUCAACCCCCACACCUUACAGAUCAUGAAAGCUUCUCUCUUCACUGAGGACGACGAUGAAUGUGACACGUUCCAGGACCAGAGCUUCAUGAAAACCUCCGCUGACGUUUCGUCUCCUCGGCUCAUCAUCCCUGGAGCUCAGGGCCGGCCCUCAGUCGGUGGUCUCCUCCAGGCUCGGUUCUCCUCAGGCCUCUUCUCUCAGAUGUCAGACUCCCCCCGUCCUCCUCUUCCUCUUCCUUCGUCGUCGCUGGGGGUCGACUCCUCCCGCUCCUCCUUCCCGUGGGCCGAGUCGGUGCCGUCCUCCUUCCAGCUGCCCUCCCGAGCUCCGGAGCCGCCCAUCAGGACGGUGGGGGCCCGGCGUCUGGGGGGGCCCGUCCCCAUCAAGGAGUCUGUGACCCAGGGGAAGGGAGGCCUGUUGAUGGACACCGGCCUGGUGGCGGUGCGCUCCUUCAGGGUGGGCUGGGGCCCCGGCUGGACCUUGGCCCACUGUGGCGGCCGGCUGAGCUCCGCCUCCUCCAGCCAGCCGCAACGCCACGAACUCACGGCCAAGACGGACUUCAGCUUCCUGCCCAAACCCUCCAGGAGCAAACCACUGACCGAGAGCCCGUAUAAAGUGGUGCUGGAGCAGGUGGUGGGUCUGGAGCUGCAGCCGCUGAAGCCCAGUGAGGAGGAGGAGGCUGAGGAUGAGGAGGCCGUGCUGCAGCGCCCCCUGGAGAUCAGCCUGAAGCACAGCAGCGUCGCCGCGGUGGACGGCUCGUCCUGUCCCCUGGUUCGUCCUCAGCUCGGCGUCGCCGCGCUGCACGAAUACGCCGAGUGGAUCACAGAGCUGAAGGAGAAGCAGGGAGACGCCGACCCUGUUCUGUGUUACUGGGCCGAGGUCUGGACGCUGUGUGAGGCCCUGUGGGGAAAGCUGGGCCCCCCGGACCAGGACCCGGACGCCGAGACGCCCAGCGACUACGAGCAGCAGCUGGAGCGGAGGCGGACGUUUUCGGCCUGGCUGUCCCGAGGCGCCGCCAGCCGGGUGGAGGAGGAGGUGGCCCUGGCGGCGAAGGGGCGACACACCGACGCCAUCUUCAGUUACCUGACGGGAAACUGUAUCAGCGAAGCGUGUCGUCUGGCUCAGAAGGAAGGAGACCACCGUCUGUCCCUGCUGCUGUCCCAGGCCACGGGGUCCCAGUUCUCCCGGGACCUGCUGGGCCUGCAGCUCGCCGACUGGAACCGCAUGCAGACCGACUGCUUCCUGUCCGAGGAGCGGCUCCGCAUCUUCGCGCUGCUCGCCGGGAAGCCCGUGUGGCAGUCGUCGGACUCGGUGGUGAACGUCUGCUCCGAGCUGGACUGGAAGCGCUGCGUGGCCGUCCACCUCUGGUUCAUGCUGCCGCCCACCGCCUCCGUGGCCGACGCCCUCGGCAAGUACGAGGACGCCUUCCAGGGCUCCUGUGAGGGGGGGAAAUACGCCGUCGCCCCCCUGCCUCCGUACCUGGAGGAGGAGCAGCCGGACCUGGAGGAGGAGGAGGAGGAGGAGGAGCCCAAGCGGCCGCUGUAUGACCUCUGCUUCCACCUGCUCAAGCUCUACAGCGACAGACACUACAGCCUGCAGCAGCUGCUGGACCCUCUGACCGUGACCUGGGGGCGUCUGGACUACCGGCUCAGCUGGCACCUGUGGGACGUCCUGCAGGCGCUGCACUACAGCCACCUGAGCGCCUCGCGCCAGGGGCUGGUCCACAGCAGCUACGCCGCUCAGCUGGAGAGCGCCGGCCUCUGGCACAUGGCCGUGUUCAUCCUGCUGCACAUCCCCGACCACACUCUGCGGGAACGAGCCGUGAGGGAGAUGCUGGCGCUGCACUGCCCCCUGCAGGAGACGGAGGAGUCGGUCCGGAGGCAGCGCUUCCUGACCGAGCGGCUCCUGAUCCCGGAGCAGUGGAUCCACGAGGCCAAAGCCACCCGGGCCCUGCGCCACGCCGACAGACCCCAGCAGGCCCUGCACCUGUACCGGGCCGGGUACUGGAACCAGUGCCACCGGCUCCUGAUCCAGCACCUGGCCUCAGACUGCAUCAUCAACGACAACCACGACUACCUGCUGGAGUUCCUGGAGGGGCUGGCGGUCCCUGAACACAGCGCCACCAUCCAGGACUGGGACACGGCGGGGCGGGUCUACCUGGACUACAUCCGGGUCCUCAAGUCUCUGCAGGACAUCCAGCAGGCGGAGAACGCCGGCUACCAGCUGGAGCGUCUCUACACCGACGUCACGUCUCUGUGCAGCCGGAUCGAGCUCCUGCCCUGCAGCACCGCCAGAGACCGGCUGGCCCAGUCAGAAAUGGCGAAGCGUGUCGCUAACAUCCUGCGGGUGGUGCUGAGGCUGCAACAGGGCGACGCAGCGUCCGACUCCGCCGCCGUUCCUCUCGCUCGGCUGGCGCCGCACAUCAGCCGCCUCCCGAUGCCGGAGGACUACACCCUGGAGGAGCUGAGAGGCCUCACGCAGUCGUACCUGCGCCAGCUCAUCGUCAGCCAAUGAGAUCCAAGAAAACACCUCCGGACUCCGACCUCCGACCGUCACUUCCUCAGGAUGACGUUUUAAAAGAUGACGAAGAUUCAUCUUGAAGAGGAGCAGUGACAGGACAGAGAUUAUUUUUAUUAACAAUAAAUCUGAUGUUUAUUCAUUUAGGGCGAGAAACACGUUUUGUUUUGUUUUUUUUUCUUCUGUGUGAACUCUGGAAAAAUUAAUUUCUCAUUUGACCCCAAAGAAAACGACGCUUCAUUGAUUAUUUGUUUCCCAGUUUGGGUUCAAUGAUUGACCAGUAAAAGUAAAACGGCGUCUGUUCAUGUGUCGAUAUGUGAAUAACGACGAUCUGUAACGUUUAAAGGAGACGAAGAGCAGCGUGUCAGACGUCUGCUGGUCUAUUUUUGUAGCGCUCUUGUGUUUCGUUUGUCUGAAUGUAAAUGAAGUGUGUUUGCACCAGACAUAAACAAACUAGGUUUUUUUUUUUUCUUUUGUUAGUUUCCUUCCAGCUUCACUGAACAUAACUAUAGAAAUAUAAUUGUAUAUUUUUCAGGAUCGAACAUCAGGUCAUUUUAUCUUCUACCAUUAAAUAUUUACAGGUUGGAUUUUUUUUUUCUUUGUGGGGACGGCUCAGUGUUUGUGGAUUCAUGGAGGUCUGCUGCUGUGUGUAUGUGUUUGUGUGUGCGCAUGUUUUCCUGGUGAUUUUGUUGAUAACAUUUUUUUAAUAAAGUUGAAUAGAAAUAAA